AUGGAUACUUCCACCAAUGCGCCGCCCAGUGCUGAUUGCACGAGUGUCGUCGACGAACCUGAAUCAUCGAUUGGAAAUACCCAAGCCGAGCUCGAGGACGAAUUAGAGGGUGCUUUAUCUCGUGUAAAUGAGCUCUUGGAUGAAGCCACGAAAGAGAUGAAGGACGAUGUCCUUGCAAGCGCGAUCGUUGAGUUACAGGAGAUCGUCUUUGACGAAGAGGAUGACGCAGCGCAUGUGGAAGCUGAAGUUGGCUUGGUCAAGGUCCUUUUAACCCGGUUCACUAGAUAUGGAUGGGUAGAUGACCUGGAUGAAGUCAUGGCGAUUUUGCUGAGGGAGACCUUAAAUCCCUUCGCGUUCAUGGAUCAACAACCAAUCUCGGGUUCAGAGGACCAAACAUUCCCCGACAAUGUCUCUUCUACCCUCCAUUCUCUCCGAGAGUAUCGACAAUCUAUCGACAUGUGCAAGCUAGAAGACGCUCUCGUCGUCGCUAGCGGAGUUCUUGGCCCUUCGUGUCGUGGUUCGACCAACAGUCGAGGUCAAUUAUUGCUCCGGGUUGGGAGUGCACUGGUUCUGAAGUACCUGGCGACCGGCGAAAAAAGAGACCUGAAUCUGGCUGAGGCAUCUUUUCAGGAUGCUAGACGGGUUCUCGGAAGCGGUCCAGCACUCUUCACUGCGCUUCUCAAUCUCCAGCUUGUUACAUCCAUUAAGCUCGUGGAGUGUAAAGGAGAGGAGUCGACUGGGUUACUACUGGAGUUGGAGCAAUUGCGAGAGGAAAUGGAGGGGGAGGACGAGCAAGGCUCGAAUGCGUACAUGUUGGGGUCCGAGUUGAUGGAAGGCGAUAAUCUUCAGAUCGAUGAAUCUAUCUUACGGUUCCGACAGUCUCUUUCGUUCCGACCAUCACCGCAUCCAAGGCGCCUUGAGGCACUUGACCACUGUGCCAUUGCCCACCGUAACCGAUUUCGUUAUACCGGCGACCUCUGCGACCUGGAAGAGUCCGUCGCGCUGGACAGGGAAGCGCUCGCCCUUCGCCCUCCAGGCCACCCCGACCGCCCCUUCUCGCUCAACAACGUGGCAACUUCGCUUCUCACCUUGUUCCAACACAAAGGCAACUUCAGCGACCUGGAUGAGUCUAUCUCACUCCACAGGGAAGCGCUGGAUCACCACCCUCCGGACCGCCCCAUCUCGCUCAACCACCUCGCAAGCUCGCUUGCCAUCCGGUUCCAGCUCAAAGGCGACUUCCGCGAUCUGGAAGAGUACAUCGCAUUGUUCAGAGAAGCUCUCGCUCUCCGCUCUCCAGACCACCCGGACCGCCCCAUCUCACUCAACCAACUGGCGAACUCCUUUCUCACUCGGUUCGAGCACAAAGGUGACUUCCGUGACCUGGAACAGAGCGUGACACUACUCAGGGAAGCGCUCUCACCAACCUAUGCAGACCAUCGCGAACGCCCCCAGUCCCUCAACACCCUUGCAGGCUCCCUUCUCACUAGGUUCCUGCACAAAAGUGACUUUCAUGACCUCGAAGAGUCUGUCACGUUGUACAGGGAAGUGCUCGAUCUCCGCCCUCCAGGCCAUCCCGACCGCCCACGCCUCCUCAACGAGCUGGCAACCUCGCUUGGCACGCGGUUCAGGCACAAAGGCGACGUCAGUGACCUAGAAGAGUCUGUCACAUUGCUCAGAAAAGCGCUCGAUCUCCGCCCUCCAAACCACCCCGACCGCCCACGCCUCCUUAACGACCUUGCAGCCUCGCUUGGUGCCCGGUUCGAGCACAAAGGCGACCUCCAGGACCUGGAAGAGUCCAUUUCGUGUUUGCGGAACACUCUUCUUCUGCUCUCACAGACGGAUGGAUUCGAGCUCAAUUCCAGUGAGACGUUGGCUGCUCAUCCCUAUUGGCUCACUGUCACGGGGAACCUUGUGCACAAACUCAAACUCAAGUACCAGGCGAGCAGAGACAGCGCUAUUCUAGAUGAAAUAUUCCAGCUUCUCCGGUCUGGCACUGGGUCCCGUGCGUCGUCGCCAUUGGUGAAGAUGCGCCAUGCGGUCAACUGGAGCACAACUUGCCGAGAGUUCGUGCGUUUGGAAUCCGCGCUGGAGGCCUACAGUUAUGGGGUAGCGAUUCUCCCUCAAUUAGCAUCUCUUGACCUUACACUGGAGCAGCGCCAAAACGCCCUAGUCCAUGCCAGCGACCUGUCGAGGGAUGCAGUACAGUGUGCUAUUGAACGAGGACAAUUAGACACAGCAGUCAUCUUUCUCUCCACCGCACGCUCGGUGUUCUGGUCUCAGGCCCUACAGUUCCGAGGUUCUCUUGACCGAUUGGACGCCCUCCACCCCGAGUUGGCGGCAGAGCUGCGUUCUGUUACUCGCCAGCUGGAGAUUGCUACUCACGAAAGCGAGCAUCCACUGUCUCAUUCAACUCUGGAUAAAGGCUUGUCGACACGCCCGUAUCUUCUCGCCCAGAAGAGAGAAGCAGUCAUCGCACGAAUUCGGGAGAUCAACGGCUUCCAUGACUUUCUCCUUCCUCCUUCUUUCGACACGCUCAAGACUGCUGCCACGGAUAAUCCUAUCGUCUUCCUCAAUGCCAGCAAGUAUGGAUGCCAUAUCCUCAUCCUGACGCAGGACAUUUUACAUUGUCACCCACUUGCCACUGAUCUGGAGCAAAUCACUGUUUUUACAAAUGCAGUUCGGCGGUUGUCGGGAGGCCAGGCAGUGGGUCAACAACUCCAGCGCAAGAUUGACAACUAUUGUGAAAGCCGCAAUACGCGCUUGAAGUUACGUCGUAAAAGCGGACGCUCAGCCGACGACGACUUUAAGCAGCUUCUGGAGAUCCUCUGGGUUGUAGUAGCGGAGCCGGUCAUCAGAAUUUUGGGUUUGCAGAAGACUGACAACCCCAAAAGAAUAUGGUGGUGUCCAACAGGCCCAUUUGCAUUUCUUCCCAUCCAUGCCGCAGGCAUCUACUCCGAUAGCGCUGAAGCGUCGGACUGCCUAUCCGAUUAUGUCGUCUCUUCCUAUUGCUCUUCGCCUCAAGACCUCAUUGCACCGCCGCCAACACCAAAUCCCGAAUACGAAGUGCUCGUUGUUGUCGAGCCAGGAGAUUCAGGGCCGCGUAUACACCGCCUCCCAUUUACCAUGGAGGAACUGAAGAGGAUUCAGGGCCUAGUUCCCCAUGAAAGGCAUUUGGUUGCCCGAGUGGGCUCAGCAGACACUCCCUCCACCCCCGACGCAAUCCUAAAUCACAUCAACACAGCAUCUAUCGUUCACUUUGGGUGCCACGGUACCCAGGAUUCCUCGAAUCCUUUGGACAGCUCGUUAAUUCUCAGUGGAGGGCGUCUGACCAUGGGAUCGCUCAUACGAGGUUGCCGUACCUCCAACGCUUCGCUCGCUUACCUGAGCGCCUGUGAGACUGCCAUGGGCGACGAAGAACGCCCUGACGAGUCUCUCUCUUUGGCUGCAGCUAUGCAGUUUGCCGGAUUCCGAAGUGUAGUCGCGACUAUGUGGUCAAUCCACGAUGAAGAUGCACCCAUUGUGGCCGAUACUUUCUAUCGCUACCUCUUUCGCCGUGGUAGGGAGAACCCUCCGGACAUAACCGACGCAGCAUAUGGCCUACAUCUUGCUGUGAAGAAGCUGCGCGACCUUGGGAGGCCGUUUCACCAAUGGGUUCCUUUCGUUCACCAUGGGAUUUGA